CCCCCACAUCCACUCUCAGACUCACCCCCAUCACUCUUCCUCAAUUUCUUCCCUCACAGCCUCGCAACUUUCCCCCAUGGCGCCCGCCAAGACUCUCACUUCACUUUCUGACGAGAACACCUUCGAGUCUCGCUUCCUCCGCGACGAGGACGAGCGCCCCAAGGUCGCCUACAACCAAUUCAGCAGUGACAUCCCCAUCAUUUCUCUCGCCGGCAUAGACGACCUCCACGGUCGCAGGGCCCAAAUUUGCGACCAGAUCGUCGCCGCUUGUGAGGAUUGGGGAAUCUUCCAGGUUGUCGACCACGGCGUCGACUCUAAACUCAUCUCCGACAUGACCCGUCUCGCCAAGGAGUUCUUCGCCCUGCCCCCCGAAGAGAAGCUCCGGUUCGAUAUGUCCGGCGGCAAGAAGGGCGGUUUUAUCGUCUCCAGCCAUCUCCAGGGGGAGACUGUGCAGGAUUGGAGAGAGAUCGUGACUUACUUUUCAUACCCGAUCAGGAACAGGGACUACUCCAGGUGGCCGGACAAUCCGGGAGCCUGGAGGGAGGUGACGGAGCAAUACAGCGACAAGCUGAUGGGAUUGGCUUGCAAGCUGCUGGAAGUUUUGUCGGAGGCCAUGGGUCUGGAGAAGGAAGCCCUGACGAAGGCCUGCGUCGACAUGGACCAGAAGGUGGUGGUGAAUUACUACCCCAAAUGCCCGCAACCGGACCUCACCCUUGGCCUCAAGCGUCACACUGACCCGGGCACCAUCACCCUCCUCCUCCAGGACCAGGUCGGCGGGCUCCAGGCCACCAGGGACAACGGCAAGACAUGGAUCACGGUCCAGCCGGUGGAAGGUGCUUUCGUCGUCAACCUCGGGGAUCACGGCCAUUUUCUGAGCAAUGGGAGGUUCAGGAACGCGGAUCACCAGGCGGUGGUGAACUCGGAGCACAGCCGCCUGUCGAUAGCGACGUUCCAGAACCCGGCUCCGGAAGCGAUAGUGUACCCGCUGAAGAUCAGGGAGGGCGAGAAGUCGGUGAUGGAGGAGCCGAUCACGUUCGCUGAGAUGUACAGGAGGAAGAUGAGCAAGGACCUGGAGCUGGCGAGGUUGAAGAAGAUGGCAAGAGAGGAGAAGCAAUUCCAGGAGAUGGAGAAGGCUAAAUUGGAAGGGAAGCCCAUCGAGCAGAUACUGGCCUGAUUCAACUGCGCAACCCAUUUUGGAAAGAAAUCACCGGCAUGAAUUUCGAUCUCUUUCAUUUAGUAUGUGGGUUGUGCUAUGUGAACAACAAGAUAUAUAUAGAUAUAUAUAUAUAUAUAUCUCUCUCUCUCUCUCGUUGCCGUUGGUGUUUUGCUGGAUUUAUUUCUGGGUCAUGUGACAAGUGUUGUCACCUCCCACGCACCUCUCUCUUCGUCUCAGCUUUAAUUUUCCCUGUAAACCACAUUACUUAGUCUUAAACAUGAGCAAAAUAAGUUGUGCCCCCUA